UCAAUCCCAAUGUGGCCUAUAACUGUAGAUGAAAAUAAUAGCUGGCCUUGUUUGAGUGGGUUGGGCCGCUACUAUAGUCUUCCGGUUCAUCAUGUUCUGACAUAUAAAGAGUCACUUUAUAGCAUUAGGAUCAUAUUUAACCCGUGAUAAACAAGUGUGAUAUACUACGUAUAUAAAUUCCAGAUUACUAUACAUUGAGUUGAAUAGAUAUUACCUCAUAUUUUCCGUUCUAGCAUAUACGAGCGGUAUAAAGUCUAGAUUAAUAUACAUAAGGUUAAAUGAAAGAUGGACUUCUAGUUUUUCCUCCCCGCACAAUGUGAGGUUAAAAGGGACGAUGAUGUUCUCCAAUUCUAUCAUCGGAAAUAUAUAGAUAUCCAAAAACAUCUGAAGACUUCACCCUAAUGUUCAAGAUGCUCUCAAUAUCUCCCAUAAAGCUCACCCUCCUCUUCCUCACAACAUCUCUCCUCCAAACCGCAACAUCCACCGCACUCCCCAGACAAGCGACAUGUGGUACUCUCCCAUCCCCCAUCCCCACCCCCUCAAUAUCCUACCUUCCAGACCCCUUCACCAACCUCGCCGGCCAACGCAUCACCACCACAGAUCAAUGGACCUGCCGCAAAAACGAACUGAGCCUGCUCUUCCAAAACCUCGAACUAGGAAUCCUUCCCCCCAAACCCUCAUCCGUAACUUCUUCUAUCUCCGGCAACACCCUCUCAAUAACUUGUUCCGAGUCAGGAAAAUCAAUCUCCUUUAGCGUAUCCAUUACUUACCCUUCUACUGGCACUGCUCCCUAUCCAGCUAUCAUCGCCUAUGGAGGUGGAAGUAUACCUUCUCCUGCAGGCGUCGCUAUAAUUAAUUACAACAAUGAUCAAAUCGCACAGCAAAACGACCAAUCAAGUCGCGGUAAAGGACUCUUUUACAAUCUCUACGGCUCCACUCAUUCAGCAGGCGCAAUGAUAGCCUGGGCCUGGGGCGUCGAUCGCAUCCUCGACGCACUAGAACAAACCCCCAACACCAAAAUCAACCCCACAAGCAUAGGCGUAACGGGAUGUUCACGAAACGGCAAAGGAGCCUUAAUAGCCGGCGCCUUCUGUCCCCGCAUCGCGCUUACCAUCCCACAAGAAUCCGGUUCCGGCGGAGACGCCAGCUGGCGCAUUUCAGACAGCAUAGGCUCGAGUACGCAAACGGCAUCUGAAAUCGUAGGCGAAAAUGUUUGGUUCAGCACCUCUUUUAAUACCUGGGCAAACCGCAUUCCUACCCUCCCAUUCGAUCACCACGAAUUAGCAGCCCUCGUCUCACCGCGUCCACUGCUCGCUAUCGAAAAUACUGAUUACGUAUGGUUGGGACCUCUUUCAUCAUAUGGUGCCAUGACGGCGGCAAAAUAUAUAUAUCAAGCCGUAGGCGCAUCUGCGAAUUUUGGUUUUUCCCAAGUGGGCGGUCAUAGUCAUUGUGUAUUUCCGAGUUCGCAGCAAGCUGAUUUAGAUGCAUUUGUGAAUCGAUUUUUGAAGAAUGGGACGGGCAAUACGGAGAUUUUUCGUAGUACGGGUAAUUUGGCAUUUAAUGAGAAUCAGUGGGUUCCUUGGAAGGGAAAUGUGCCGGUUUUGAGUGAGGGGUCCGGAGAAUUCGUUACGAGUACUGCGAGUACUACGGCUGUUUUGGCGCCCACGGUAACUUCUAGUGUGGCUACGACGACUGCCAUUGAUGUUCCCGUACCCACGGCUAAUUGUCAGGCUCGUUGGGCGCAAUGUGGUGGGAUUGGAUAUACGGGGGCGACUUGUUGUGUGAGUGGAACGACUUGUAAGUAUUCCCCGUUCCUUCUCAUAGGAAAGAAAAGCUAACAUAAAUUGAGGCACUGCUUCGAAUGUCUAUUAUUUGCAAUGUUUGUGAUAAUUCAUGCCGCAAUGCAUGAAUCGGGCAAAAGUCUGGGAUCUCGUGGGAAGAAAUAUGUGAAUCAAGGGAUGAUUGUAAAUACUGUACGGAUGAUUUUGUUAUAUACAUGUAGUCAGUAGUAGAAUGAAGAGAUUCUAAGGAAAUUCCCAUGAAAAUCCCCAUCCCUA